GAAUCCACAUCCAAGAUGUCGGCCGCCACCGGAAGCGCGGCUUUCCCCCUCCCUCCCGUCCUCUCUAUCAGCUUCCGCUUCCGGCUCGCGUCGCGAUGGCGCGGCCUGGGCCUCCGGGCCCCUCGUAGCCGCCUCGCCCUCCGCGCCCGCUUGCUUCUUAUGGCGGCCCCGCACCCCGACAAGCUGGAGGGGGGAGUAGGCCUCGCUCCGCCUGCUCCGGGUCCGCCGCCUCCGCCUCCUCCGCUGCCUCCGCCGCCGGGGAACCUCGCCACGGGCCCAGGCCGCAAGCAGGGCAAGGCCGGUCUUCAAAUGAAGAGUCCCGAGAAGAAACGUCGCAAAUCCAACACACAGGGCCCCUCCUAUUCCCACCUCUCGGAGUUUGCCCCCCCUCCCACCCCGAUGGUCGAUCACCUGGUGGCCUCCAACCCGUUUGAAGAUGACUUUGCCAUCCCCAAGGUUGGCUCUUCCUCCGCACCCUUUCUCGGCAACCCCGGUCCCUUUGGGAACUUCCGCAUGCAAGGGGCGAUGGGUCCCCAGGUCCCGCCCAGCUACGGCGGGGGCCCCCAGCCGAUGCGAAGGCAGCCGCCCCCCUUUGGACCUAACCAGAUGGGCCCGGCGUUCAACAUGCCCCCCCAAAAUCCCGGCUACGUCCAACCCGGCGGGAUGGGCUUUGGCGGGCAACCCUUCGGGCAGCCGCUGGGACAGAACUUCAGCCCUCCCGGAGGGCAAAUCAUGCAGGGACCCAUGGGGGCGUUCGGCCCCAUGAUGUCGCCAACCAUGGGGCAGCCCCCUCGCGGCGGGGACAUGGGCUCUGGGCCAGCCCUCAACCCUCCAGGCGGACCGCCAAUGGCCCAGCGAUUCAGCCAACCCGCCAACCUCUUUGGACAGUCCCCCCUGCAGCGCCCCAACCCCAACCUCUCCAGCCUGCCCCCUAAUCCCAGCCCUUUCCCAGGGCCCGACCCUGGCUUCCCUCCCUCCGCCGAAGACAGUGGGGCCGGCAAGCCCCUCCACCCGCCUCCCAACAGCUUCAACCAGGAACAGCACACCGGCUCGCCAGCGGCCGUCAACGGCACCCAGCCCUCCUUCCCGCCCAACAGCACCGGCCACAGCGGCGCCAGCGGGACCCCCGAAGGCAACCCUUUGCCCCCCACCAGCAAGGCCGCUGGCAACUCCGGGCACCAGCCUCCCCCCGGUUUGGUCUACCCCUGUGGGGCUUGCCGUAGCGAAGUGAACGACGACCAAGACGCCAUCCUGUGCGAGGCUUCGUGCCAGAAAUGGUUCCACAGAGAGUGUACCGGCAUGACGGAGAACGCCUACGGGCUGCUGACCACCGAGGCCUCGGCCGUCUGGGCCUGCGACUUCUGCCUGAAGACCAAGGAGAUCCAGUCGGUCUACAUCCGGGAGAGCAUGGGGCAGCUAGUGGCCGCCAACGACGGCUGAGAGCUCCCUCCCACUUCCCCAGCCGUCCUCGCCCCGGUGGGUCAGAAAGGACGGCCAAUCCGGUUUGUACCACUACGAGACACUCUUGGCUGAGGAGUGGGGCACCGAAUCCCAUCCCUUGCCAGUAAAAAAAAAAAAAAAAGCUGGAGAAUUCUAGGUGACCCCCACAACCUCCGGAGGGAUGUGUGUGUUUCAGUCCUGACCCUGAACUUGCGAGCACAACGCUGGACUGUGGUGGAUGGACCCAGAAACGCCCACCGACUCAUCUUACGCCUUCAUCCACUCCCGAAGUGUUGCCGUCCGUCAUGUUUUCCCCCUCUCCUUUCCUUUGCUUCCACAACUGCAUUUCAAACUUCAAAGCCUUGGAAGGAUUGUCUGGAGGAAAAAAAAAAAGAGGGGAGGGGGCGUUUUCCCAGUCUCCCCCUUCCAUUCCUCUCAUCUGGCUCCGUUCCAGUUUUGACUCAGCCCGGCCCUCCCUUACAGUCGCUCGGACGUUAUCCCUGCCUCGUCCGGUUUUCUUCCGGGAAGUUCACCCAUGCAAUGAAUAUACCUCUUCUUUGUAGGGUGGGGUGAGGGGGGCAGCAUCUGUCCAGAAGAGACCCCCACUCCUACAGAACGCAACCAAGGAGGGUUUUUUGGGGGGGGGGCUGCUCCCAAAUUUGGAGCUUCCGCGCUUAAAAUUUUGGCACCAUCCGCUGUGACAUCUCAAGCGACCGGCGUCGUCUUGAGAAAAAAAGAAGAAAACCAAACUUGACAAAAAGACAAAACGUGGCCCUUUUUUUCCCCCCUCAUGAGAAGACUUUAAAAAAAAAAGUACCAAUUUGGGACCUGUUUUUUUUUUAAUUAUUAUUAUUGUUAUUAUUAUUAUUACGUUCACCUUCCGGUAAUUUUCCCGACUUUGACUUCUUGGUUUUUUUUUUGUCGCCGUGUCCGUUUUUCUUUCCGCCGGAAUCUGGUUUUGGUCAAGUGUUUUAACUGAUGUGACUUUGAUCAUUGUUUUCUAUCCUGCUGGACAUUCAA